GACAAGGCGCCCCCGGCUUGCAUACUUUGGUGAAGUGCUGCACAGAGCUGACUUGUGUGCCUGCGCCCUGGGACCCGAGUGCUGCUGGUUGUGAGCCCAGAGUGACAACUGGCAGAGCUUCUAAAUGUUGAGCAAUAACACACUUCCAUGAAAAGCAAGAACCAGAAGGUGUAUUACUCCAUCCUCGCCAUCUGCUACCUAGAGGUGCUCCUGUGGACGACUUGCCUGCUGUCUAGCUGCGCCGCCACUUCCGCACGGCCCGAGGACGCGGGCUACAUCAUUCGCGAGACCGAAAACUUGAAGCACACGCUUCCAUCAGACAGCUACGACCUCAUCCCGGACACUAGCCUGGACUUGCGCGUUGGCUACGAGGCGCAGCAGAUCAACUGGCUCUGCUUUCAGAGGAUCCUGCAAGCAUCUUUACCUGAAUAUCUAGAGGAUCGACCUGCCACGCUUAGCUCACUUCUGGCACUAAAGGGGAUCCCAGCCCCUUUCACAGGAAUCAAGGCUUGGUCGGACUGAGCGCUGUCUCCCCAGCCCAAGGAGAGGGAGCGAGUGUUCAGACAGAGAGCCAUUUGAUUUCCCAGCUGAGAAGAGAAUUCCCCGAUUAGUAGAAGGAGAGCAUUUUUUAACAUCAGAGCAGAGCCUGUACACAAGGAGAGGAUAGCCAGGAAAAGGUUAGCGAGAGCAUCCGAGUCAAUUCAUUGCAGCCAUGAUCACCACAGCAAGAGCCAGAAGAUCCGAGCACUGGAGUCCCAGCUGCUCAUUCGAAUUCGAGCCAGUUCAAUCCCGGGGUGAGGCCACCAAGUCUGGCGCGC